GCGGCGGGGCUGGGAGCUGCCUCCGCACGUGGCUGGAGAAGGAGAAGGAGGCGAAGGAGGCGGAGGAGGGGGAGGCGUCUGCCGGGGCAGGUGAAGCCUCCUCCGAGCCCGAUGUCCCCCGGAGAAAGGGCCCCAUGCCUCGCCUGCUCUCCUUCUUCCUCCCGUGGGCUUGGUCCGCGGCGCUUAUCGGCGGCUCCUCGAUGCUGGCCAAGGGUUUGCAACUGUGCUGCUUCUGUUGCGCGUCUUUGGCGGCGGCGGCGCUCCCCGGGGACAGCAGCAGCCUCGCAGGCUCCAGCCACGAUUACAUCUUUGUCACCCCCGUCGAGGUGGACUCCAGCGGAUCAUACAUUUCGCACAAUGUUUUGCACAGCACUAGGAAAAAGAGGACUGCUCCAAGCUCAAGGAAUUCCUUGCACUACAGAUUUUCAGCAUUUGGACAGGAGCUACACUUGGAGCUUGAACCCUCUGUCUUUUUUAGUAACAAUUUGAUGGUUCAGGUGUUUGGGAAAGAUGGAAUUAUAGAUUCUAAAGAACAUGAAAUCGAACAGUGUUUCUAUCAAGGAUUUAUAAGGAACUAUAGCUCUUCUUCGGUUGCCCUAUCUACAUGCAUAGGCUUGUCAGGUUUGAUAAGGACACAGGAGAAUGACUUCCUUAUAUCUCCAUUACCUCAACACCUAGCACAGGAACACAACUACACGCCACCCGCUGGGCACCAUCCGCAUGUAUUGUACAAACGGACAGCAGAAGACAAAGUGCACCGGUACAAAAUAGAUUCACAUCCCCAUCACUUUCCCCUUGGCCAUCACAGAAAUCACACUGCCCACAAGUACCAGGUUCGAGCAAAUGAUUACCACCACGGAAGGUUUCAAAAGCAGCAUUUUUGUGGACGUCACAAGAAAUAUGCACCUAAACCACCAGCAGAGGAAACAUUCAUUCUUUCUGAUGAAUAUGGAAGUUUGACAAGGUUGAAAAGAUCUCCUAUUAAAAGCCAGAAAGGUGGAACUUUGAAUGUAGAAACUCUGGUUGUGGCUGAUAAGAAAAUGCUGGAGAAACACAAUAAGGAGAAUGUUACAACCUACAUCUUAACAGUGAUGAACAUGGUAUCAAGUCUUUUCAAGGAUGGCACAAUCGGAAGUGAUAUUAAUAUUGUGAUUGUGAGCCUUCUUCUUUUGGAGCAAGAACCUGGUGGACUGGUGAUCAACCAUCAUGCAGACCAAUCAUUAAACAGCUUUUGUCAGUGGCAAUCAGCUUUGGUUGGAAAGAAUGGAAAACGUCAUGAUCAUGCCAUCUUGCUCACUGGAUUUGAUAUAUGCUCCUGGAAGAAUGAGCCAUGUGACACUUUAGGCUUUGCUCCAAUCAGCGGAAUGUGCAGCAAAUACCGCAGUUGUACCAUCAACGAAGACACUGGGCUCGGUCUGGCAUUUACUGUUGCUCAUGAAUCUGGACACAACUUGGGCAUGAUUCAUGAUGGAGAAGGAAAUCCUUGCAGGAAAGCUGAAGGUAACAUCAUGUCUCCCACUCUCACAGGAAACAAUGGUGUUUUUUCGUGGUCAGUUUGCAGCCGACAGUAUCUUAACAAAUUUCUCAGUACUUCUCAAGCAGCUUGCCUGAUAGAUGAACCAAAACAGGCAGGACAAUACAAAUACCCCGAUAAACUCCCAGGGCAGAUCUAUGAUGCUGAUACACAAUGCAAAUGGCAGUUUGGAGCAAAAGCAAAACUCUGCAACCUGAGUUUUGUGAAGGAUAUAUGUAAAUCGUUAUGGUGCCAUAAAAUAGGCCAUCGAUGUGAGACAAAAUUUAUGCCAGCUGCAGAAGGAACCCCUUGUGGGAUAAGCAUGUGGUGUCGACGAGGUCAAUGUGUACGAUAUGGAGACUAUGGUCCUAAACCUAUUAAUGGCCAGUGGUCCACAUGGUCUAAGUGGAUGGAUUGCUCAAGAACUUGUGGGGUUGGAGUUACAUACCAAGAGAGGAACUGCAACAAUCCAAAGCCUCAGCAUGGGGGCAAAUUCUGUCAGGGCUCAAGUCGCAUUUAUCAGCUUUGCAAUACUCAGCCUUGCCCAUCUGGUAGCCCCAAUUUCCGUGCCCAGCAAUGUGCCGAGUAUAACAGCAAACCUUUCCGUGGGUGGUACUACAAAUGGAAACCUUACACCAAAGUAGAAGAGAAAGAUUUCUGCAAGCUGUACUGCACAGCAGAAGACUUUGAUUUUUUCUUUGCAAUGUCUAAUCAAGUGAAAGAUGGAACCCCCUGCUCCGCAAACAACCAUGACGUGUGCAUUGAUGGGAUCUGUGAGCAAGUAGGGUGUGACCAUCAGCUCGGCUCUAACACUACUUUGGAUGCUUGUGGAGUUUGCAAAGGAGAUAAUUCUACAUGCACCUUCUUUUCAGGCCGUUAUUUGAUACAGCAUAAAAUGAAUGAUUAUUACCCUAUUGUUACAAUUCCAGCAGGCGCUUAUAGCAUUGAAGUCCAGGAAUUGCAGAUGUCUAGCAGCUACCUUGCAGUGCGUAACUUGAAUAAGAGAUAUUACUUAACAAAAGAGUGGACUAUUGACUGGCCUGGAAAAUUCUACUUUGCUGGAACAGUAUUUGAAUAUCAGCGCUCUUUUAAUCAUCCAGAAAGGCUCAUUGCAUCUGGGCCAACAAAUGAGACCCUCGUCUUUGAAAUCCUGUUACAAGGGAAAAACCCAGGAAUUGCUUGGCAGUACACCUUCUCGAAGAUGAUCAACAAGAAUAAAAUAUUCACAAAAAGACACAGCUAUAUGUGGGUGACAGUGCAGUCUGAGUGUUCAGUCACAUGUGGUGGGGGACACUUGAUAUCGAAAGCUGUAUGUUUACAGGAUCAUCAAACCCGAGUCAAUUCCUCCCUCUGUGGCCCAAAGACCAAACCUUUGACGGAGACAAAAAUAUGUAAUGGAAAUCCUUGUCCAGCCUACUGGUCAGCCGGUGAGUGGAAUGCUUGCAGCAGGUCUUGUGGUGGAGGACAAAAAAGUCGUCAGAUCCAGUGUGUCCAGAAAAGGGCUUUUCAGAAGGAGAACAUUGUGCCUCAUGCACUUUGCCCAGUUACAACUCCAGCACAGAUACAAACAUGUAAUACUCAAGACUGUCUGCCGGAAUGGAGUCCUGGACCGUGGUCUCAGUGUUCCAAAACAUGUGGAAGAGGUGUUAUAAAACGUGAUGUUUUCUGCAAAAGUGCAGGACCCUCCAUACUGAAAAUCCUGCCAGAGAAUAUGUGCAACAGCAGAACAAAACCAGAAACACAACAGAUGUGUGUUUUGGGACGGUGUCCCAAAAAUGAUCGGCUUCAGUGGGUAAUUUCUUCAUGGAGCGAGUGUUCAGUUACCUGUGGCCCAGGUUUAAGGAGGCGAGAGAUGCAAUGCAGUGAGAAAAGCAUCAGUGGCAAAUUGAUCACUUUCCCACCCCGACGUUGCCGAAAUCUCAAGAAGCCACACAUUGAACUAGAAGAGGUGUGCAACCGAGGAGCAUGUCCCCUGCACCAUUUGUACAGUAGAGUGUCUGGAUGGUAUUCUUCACCUUGGCAACAGUGUUCAGUGACCUGUGGCGGUGGAGUACAAACACGGAUGGUGCAGUGUCUUUAUCAGGGCCAGAUAGCUACAGGUUGCCUUCCUCAUCAACAACCUGCAAUGUCCAGAGCCUGCAAUACUAACUUCUGCCUUGUUCCUGAAAAGAAAGAUGAUCCUUCUUGUGUGGAUUUCUUCGCUUGGUGCCACCUUGUCCCCCAACACGGUGUCUGCAAUCACAAGUUUUACGGCAAACAAUGCUGCAAAUCAUGUACAUGGAAGAACUGAUUUAAAUGGCCUGAGUCUGACUUUUUGGUGCUAUCGAGUCUUCCUCUCUGCUGAUGUUGAAAUGUUUUGUGAGGCUUCUAGAACUGAAUGUCACAGAGAUUGCCAGUGAAAGUGUUUUGGGUAUUAUAGAGCAGUAUCUGCUCUGGUAAACUUUGUGCUGAAUGAGACAUACAGAAAAUCUGCGCUGUUACCAAACACCUAGGGUGUUGCUGAACAUUAGCAGAUUAGGUGCUUUCUGUCUUUUCUGAUGUUCUCUGUUGAAAGAGAGAAGAAAAUCAACUGCAUUGUUGAUGGCCGAAGCCAGUCUCCAGAAUGAACUGGCAUGUUUGGCAUGGUGAAUUAUGAAUUAUGACUGUUGAUGUGAGUUCUCUGAAAGAAGGAGAAAAUUAUCAAGAUAAAUUCCGUUAGUGGCCAUGGAGACAAUGCAUUGUGCUCCCUAACAAAGGAUUUAUGGUAUCCACAAUAAUCACAUAUGCUGCACUAUCUAAAUAAAUCAAAGCUGGGGCACCUUUCUAUAUUUCUAACCAUUACUACUCAUAGAUGUGGCACAUGGACUGGUACGAAUCCAUGAGUCAUUGGCUGAUAGUACCACACAAGUUUCCAGGACAGAAAGAGCAAGUAGACGCCAAUAACUUGAAACAUGGUACUGGUGCUUGACAUAUUGGGGAGAGGAUUGCCAGUCCCCACAGCAAGUAACUUGAGGUUGCUGUUUUCAGCUAAAAGUCUCACAAUUCCUUAGUGUUUACUGUAAUAAUUAGAGCUUUUGGUAACUGAAGUUUGAAAAUGCCUCCCACUCCUGAGAUAAAAUGUGCUUUUCAAUUUCACUUGCUGCUGGGAAAGCAAGAAUUAGUACUCAGGCAAGGUUUAUGAACCACUAGAGAGGCAGGCACUCAUUGUUCACCUUUCCACUUUGAAUAGUACUCAGGCAAGGUUUAUGAACCACUAGAGAGGCAGGCACUCAUUGAGUUGCUCCAUCCAGAAGAACAAUGCGUUUUUUUCUAGCAUGGCUGUGUAGUAUGAAUUUCAUACCUCAGCUAACAUAUGAAUUAUGCACAUUUGCUGUCAUGCACAUUAUUGUUGGUGCUAGAACAUAAUUAUUGUCAGAAUCCCACAAUUUUAAACACACUUAAUAAAGAACCUGUAGAACUGGGAUGUGAAAAUAUAGGCUGAGAUUCUGCCUCAUCAGAUAUAGCUACCAUGACAAACUCCAUAAUCUAAACUACUCCUGCUAGUGCCACCAUCUUCAGAUAUAGCUACUAGGCAUGUCUGAUCGAUGAAAAAAAUGUUUCAAUUCUCGUUUCUAAAGUAGGGGGCGCUGGCGCUUCGAUAUAGAAAGUAUUUCCGAUUUUUUCACUCAAAAAUUUCGGAUAUUUCCGAAAAUUCGUAAUGAUUCUAAAUGUUUCUAAAAUGGCAGGCGCGCAUGUGCAAUUGCCAAAAAAAAGGAACCUGGGGGGGGACUUUUACAGGGCUCUCCCGCCCCCAUUUCUUGAGCUAUCCUCAUCAACCCUAGCCCCCACCUUUGCAUCCAUCGUGGAAGCUUCUGAUUGGCCGGGGAGCGGCAGCCAUGUUAGCCUGCACUAAGCUCCCAUUCUAGGUAGGUUGCAGAAACAAAACAAAAUUUAAAAAAAUAUUUUUAAAAAUAUAUUUUAAAAAAAUUUUGGGAGGGAAAAAAAUUAACGAAACAUUAAGAGACAAUUAGAGAAUGGGCCAACAAUGGUUUGAAUUACAUUGCCAGUUGCGCUGUGAGACAAUGUCUCGGAAUGCAUAUCAAAAAGUGAGAACAAUCCGAAAUAAUUCCGAUAUACAAUUUAAAACGAUUUUUUGGACAUGUCUAAUAGCUACCUUUGAAACCAGGUAGUGCAAUAACCUAACUAAGAAAUGGAACAUUGAGAAAUAGUGACUGGAGCAGUCUCCCAGCCAUGGAAUCCAUUGAGAAGAGAAACAUCAUGGGUCUUUCAUUUCUCAAUAUCCAAAACUGCCGCCUCUUGAAAAUUCUCUAGUUAGGCACUGCCCAGUUUAAGAUGUACAUUUUGGGGCUAUAUUCUGUUGUGGUAAUCUCUGAGCGGUUAGACUCAAUUUAACCCUCUCUGGGGGAGAUUCCACCAAAAAUUAGCAGAGUAGCAAAAGCAAAAGCUUUCAAAUGCAAUAGUUACUUACACGGGGCGAGCAAAGAGAAGCCUUUGACCAUUUAGGAUUGCAAUGGACUGCAGAGUCUCAGUAAAAGUUCAAAAAGUAUUUAUUUAGGUAAAAAGGACUCCAUUGUAGAUAGAAAGGCUUGGGAGCUGUCUAGUCUACUCUAGACUGGUUUCUAAGGAAAAAUAAGAAAGGAAAAAUUACAAACAUCUAAAUAGUUACAUCUUGCCAGGAGAGACAACAAGAUGCUGCUUAUUAGCUAGAAGAACAAAGGGAGAAGAGAGAACCAAAAUGGUUCCAACCUUAUGGUCCAGUUUAUUGGGGCCAUAAAAGACAUUCUGACCAAUGAGUUAGUCUCCCUAGAGAUUCACAUUUCUACUAACUUCAAAGUAAGGGAUGUGAUGUAAACAGGAUAGAGUGAAACACAGUAAAGCCUAUCUAGGCAUGCUUUGGAAACAGGGAAAGGAUUCCCUCAAUCUAACUCUAUCCUCUAUCUGACUACAUUUAGACUUGAGUAGUCCAGGGUGAUUCCCAACAAUUAACAACCAUAAAAUUGAUUCCCAAAUGUUGUGGUAUCAUAAGUCCAGGCAAUAUUGAAUGGCAUGCUGGCAGUAGCUUUAUUUUUUAAAGCACAAAAUUUGAGUUUCCAAACAUGAAACAUAAAUAAGAAAACUGUUGACAACAAAGUAGAAAUGGCAUGAAACCAGUGAACCAGUUUUUGGAAGCUACAAGAGGAUCAAUGAAUUCAAUGUUGUUAUUUCAUUUUUGUCAGUAGAUGAAAUAAUAAAUCAUGAGGUUCAUUUCAGCAGUUGCUGGUCCAGUAUAAAACCGUGGUCUGGAGCCAAAAAAACCAAUUGCACGAUCAGGAUAAAUUCCUACUUUUUUAUCGUGUCAGAAGCGAAUUGAGACAAGUUGCUUCUGGUGUGAGAAAAUCGUCCGUUCUCAAAGAAAGCUAGGGCUGACAAAUGGGAGUUCACCCUGUCUCGUGGAUUCGAACUGCCAACCUUCAGGUCAGCAAUUCAGCCGGCACAAGGGUUUAAGCUCUCCAGGAACAAAAAAAGGCAGAUAUUUUAAUUAAAAACUACAAAUAUAACUGCUCAAAUAUUCAAACAAAUCUGUUAACUGUUGAGAAAGAUGAAGAAAGCUGUAGCUCAGGGGUCCCCAAACUAAGGCCCAGGGGGCCACAUGCGGCCCUCCAAGAUCAUUUAUCUGGCCCCCGCCCUCAGUUUUAGACUUUGACUUGAAGGCACACAACAACAACAACAACAACAACAACAACAACAACAACAACAACCAUCCUAAUUAACUUGACUAUCUCAUCAGCAAGAAGCAAGCCCACACAUCCCAUUGAAAUCCUGGUAGGUUUAUGUGGGUUAAAAUUAUUCUUAUUUUUAAAUAUUGUAUUGUUCUUUUGUGUUGUGCAUUGUAGAUGGUAAACGGAAGCUCUUACAUGUGCCCAUGAGCCCAGAGUCACCCUGCAGAACAAUGACGCACCACUCAGAUUUGCAGAACAAAUAAUACAAGAACUUUACUAAUUCCAAGAGAUCCAAAGAGCAAUGGUAUUCACAAUGGUCCCUCUGACUGCUUACAGAAACCCAGCAGUCAUAAACAGUCCCUUUUCAGUCCAUAAAUCUGCUUCAGUGAAGAAUACAGUCCUCAGAAAUAGCAAGCACUCUCUGAGUACAGAGCCAUCUUCCCCGGGCAGUACUCAGUCACCACACAGACUAACACUGAACAAAAACUUGUUCAAACCGGUUCUCCAGCAGCAGAACAGAAACAGUUUCAAAUCAAAUUACAGGUCUUUGCAGGUUCAGGCAAUCGACUUCAUUUUCCAGUUAACACACAAAUAUAGCACAGUGCCUUUGCAAACCAUAACAUUUCGUUGGCCUUUUUUUUGCACUACAAAUAAGACAUAUGCAGUGUGCAUAGGAAUUUGUUCAUAUUUGUUUUUAAACUAUAGUCUGUCCCCCCAACACUCUGAGGGACCGUGGACCGGCCCUCUGCUUAAAAAGUUUGAGGACCCCUGCUGUAGCUCAUCAAAAUCUGGAGGAAUGCACAGUCUCCAUCCCCAAUAUAUGUUCAGAGGUGCUGGAUUCAGUUCUGCGUUCUACUUUUGUCACCUAUAGUUUGGAUCAGAGAAAAAAGCAAUCCAUGCAAUGUACAAAACUGUGAUACCACCAUAUCAUCACAUAAUGAAGAAAGAAAUCAUUUUUAUACAUGAUUAUCUGUGCUUGAAACCACCUGCUUCAAAUGAUUAGAACUUGUUGGUGUGCACAUGUUGCAUUUAAGACUUUUCUGCUAUGUUGGGAAUAUUUGUAGAUUCGUAAUCCAGAGCACUCAAGACACAAUGGGGUUUAAAUGUGAAAAUUUCAAGUUAGGGACAAGGAAAAAUAACAUCCACUCUAUCUUUGCCAAACCCCCUAUGGCAGAAAUGUGGUUGCUUUCUGAUCCAAUUUUCUGGGGAACAGUUAAAAAGGACUGCUUAAAAAUAUCUUUCCUCCCAAACCCACAGCUUGAUUUGAUGAAUGUAGUUUAGUUUUAUUGCCACUGUUACCAAACUAAAAUUAGCCACAUCAGCACUAAUCACAGACCGUGGUCAGCUAAGAUUAGCAGUGGCUUUUCUAACGGAUUAAGAAAACACAUACAUAUAUACACACAUGCACUGUUUGUUUAAGAAACCAUCAAUAGAAGCAUGUCCAAAAUACUCAGUUUAUUCAACAAUUUAAACACAAACUUUCAAAGGAGGGGAGUGGGCUUUCUCCUCAUAAAUGCCGAGUUUGGUUUUAGAAUUGUCGUCUUUAUUUUUCUGUAAAAAAAACUUAAUUUAUUAAUACGUAGCUCUCAUCUCCCUUCUUUUUAUUUCAUCACUUGCUUCCUGCAUAAGUGGCCAUGAUACAGUAAAAAAGAGUUCCAUAAAAAUAUGGAUUAUGGUGUAAAAGGAAAAAAGAGCAAAGUAUAAACUGUACUAUUUAAUUAUUUUAUAAGUUUUAUAAUAAAAAUACUCUUAACUAUUUCAUUAUGUUUGGUACUUUUACAAGUCUUUAAUAAAAUAUGGAACCUCAGUGUA